AUGGUGUUUCAGCUCAGACGCUCGAGAGUUGUUCAGCACGCUAUCGGCAAGAAAAACAUACCAGAAAAGUCGAAUUCUGACAAGUUAACGAAUUCUAGUUCAUCAGAUGACCAACAGCAGGUGUCCACUACAACCACCAAGCCAGAAGACGACAGUGUCUCGAUUGAGAUCGCCAUGGAUCAAGGGGAGAAGUUAUCCACUUCAGGAAGUAAUCAAGAUUCAUCACAAACUUCGCGCUGGACGGAAUCGGAUCCCACGCCAACUCGGGUUAAUCAUACGGUAACCGCAGAUGACAUCCCGAUGUGUGCUCAGUGGGCGACAACGGCAGCAAACGGUACGAAUGUGACUGAAUGCAUGGGCAGUGAUCAGGCCAACUGUGAAAUUGCAUGUUCAUUGGAAGAUCAGAGGGUGCAUGAUGAAUACUACAGCAAGGUAGUCACAGUGAGAGAUUUACAAACCGAGUUAGCUCGUUUGAGACAAUGCAGUGCAGAAGCUGUAGUGCAAUUGGAGCGCUUAAAAUCUGAAAGGAAAACCUUAGAGUACGAGCUGGAAAAACAAGAGGCUAAAAAUAACCAGCUAGCCGAGGAGAAUGCUCAGUGCAUGAUUCGGGUAACAGAGAACCGGUUUUUUGAGGAAUCAAUUCAACGAGUAAAAAAGCAGUUAGACGAAUUAGCCACACAAGCCAAUCAAUCCAGGGAAGAAAGACGCAGGCUUCGAACGGAGUGUGUACGCACUGAGCUCGAACGUCGGCGGUUGGUGGAUGAAUAUUUGCGGUUGGAAACUAGCAGGGCCAGCCAUCAGGACCAGCUAGAGGCCCUGCGACGUCGUCGUCAGGAGCUGGAGCUAUAUCAAGAAGACGUACUUCAGAGGCAACAGUGGGCCAGUCGUUGGGAAGAAGUCGCCGGAGCUGUUCACGUGGUUGUCCGGAUCCGGUCAAAUGGCGACCAGCCAAAAACGAGCACGGCAACCACCAACCGACUACCAUACGAAGCUGGAUGCCUUGCCGUUUUCACAGAGGAGAAAAUCGGCAUACGUACCAACAGAGAAUACACUGGCUUUUCUACUACAGGUCUUUAUACAGACACUGGUUUCCGUACGUAUCAAUUUACCCAGAUUUUUACUCCGGAUGCGCCCCACAGUCAGGUGUACCAAAGUGUGGCGUCUCAAGUGAAACGAGUUAUCGAAGGAUACAAUACCACUAUACUAUUUCACGGCACACGCGGCAGCGGAAAAACUUACACGUGCAUGGGAACCCACUUGGAACCUGGUUUAGCAUCGUUCGCUGUGGCUGACCUUCUCCGUUUGGUUAGAGAGAGGGAAACUCCGGAAGCCGCACUGUACGUAUCCAUUGUUGAUAUUUACAACGACCGAGUAAACUGUGCGAUAAGCAAAAGACCAGUUCAAGUGAAGGAUACCGGGUCCACUGUUCACAUCAUGGAUCAAAAGGAACUGCUUAUUAACAAGCUCAGUGAGUUCAACGAUCUGCUGGCACAGUUCUGUUACGAGGGUGGAACACGAGUCAAUGGACGAUGGAGUGUCACCUCGAGGUCACAUGUCUUUAUAUUUGUAAAGCAUGUUUUGACCAAUGGGACCAGGUUGGUGCACUCUGGAACCCUAAUUCUUGGUGAUCUGGCCAGCUCGGCAGCCGCACACAGUGUAGAUUUGUCCACCAAGGACCACUUGUUCAGACGCGAAUGUUGGCAUAUUCAACGAUCGAUUACGAAAUUCACAAGCGUGCUGCAAAAUUUGAAGAAGAAGAAGAACUCCACAAUCAAUUGUCGUGGCACUCGAUUGACCGAACUGCUCAAACCCUGUUUCACGGGAGAUUCUUAUCUCACUUUGUUCCUCACAGUAACGGAGGAGAUAUCACAGUCGUUAAGUACACAAUACGUGUUGGAACUCGGAAAGUGUGUCAUGGGUGCUGUUUUAGGGCCUCCCAAGAUCCAUCCGCAGACAGAUUAG